AAAUAUCAAACGACAUCCAUCCUCGCAGUGCAACUCGGGCUGACCACACCACUUAACAAAGUACCACCAUGUCACCAACCCAUUUCAAAGCCGCCGUGCUGGCAGAACCAGGCUCGCUGUCCCGAUACGAAUUCGUGGAGCUUCCAUUACCAGAUCUAGGGCCCUUGGAUGUUCUAGUCAAAUUAUCCGCCACAGGGGUCUGCGGAACUGAUUCCGCACUGGCAUCAGGGGCACUUGGACCUACACGCCGCAUUCUCGGUCAUGAAGGGAUAGGCCGAAUCGCUCAGGUCGGGUCCGCUCUGACAGCUGAGCCGUCAAUUCAGGUCGGCCAACGCACUGGUGUCUCAUGGGUUCGCGAUGUUUGUGGGCACUGUGCCAUGUGUCUGAAGGAGGGAGGAGAGCCCCGAUGUCUGGAGCAGUUCCACUCUGGGAGAAAGAUCGAUGGCACGUUUGCCCAGUACACUAUUGUACCUUCUAGGUACUUGAUCCCAGUGCCAGAGGGGCCGCCGGAUGAACACCUAGCCCCAAUCAUGUGUGCGGGAGCGACUGCAUAUAAGGCUCUUAAGAUCUGCGGAGCAACGCCAGGACAGUGGAUUGCUAUCUCCGGCGCUGGUGGAGCGGUUGGUAGCCUGGCAUUACAGUACGCCCGUUCAAUGGGCUACCGGACGAUUGCCAUCGACGCUGGUAACGAAAAAGGCCGUUCUUGUAAGACCUAUGGAGCUGAUUUCUAUGUGGACAUCCUUCACGAAAGGGACACCCCGGCAGCAGUAGCAAGAGUCACACAGGACCAAGGUGUUAGUGCCGUACUGGUGACAGCAGGGAAGGCGACUGCCUAUGAGGAUGCAUUUCGUAUGCUUGCCCCAUUCGGGGCCCUUGUAUGCGUUGGCAUCCCAUCACCUGAUGAAAAGGUCACCUUCCACCCACUAGUUCUGAUAGACCAGGGAAUUCGAGUGAUUGGAUCCAUGGUAGGAACCCGUGGAGAUAUCCAAGAGGCCAUUGGUUUUGUCAGCCGGGGAGCUGUGGUCCCAGACGUUGAAGUGAUUAGUUUCGACAGGCUCGCAGAUAUUACCGAGCUAGACUGUUCGAAAAAGGGUGUCAGCAAAUAUGUCAUUUAUAUAGAUACUUAACGUUUAUACUUCGGGUUAAAGCGCUGCAUAUACAGGAAAUAUGUACCUACUCCGUACACACCU